AUGGCUACUAAUAUUACCUGGCAUCCUAAUUUGACAUAUGUUGAAAGAAAAGAGUUGAGAAAACAAGAGGGUUGUACGGUUUGGUUAACUGGAUUAAGUGCAUCUGGUAAGAGUACAAUUGCUUGUGCUUUAGAACAAUUGUUAUUAAAAAAGUCAUUAUCAGCCUACAGAUUGGAUGGUGAUAAUAUCAGAUUUGGUUUAAAUAAAGAUCUAGGAUUUUCUGAGCAAGAUAGAAAUGAAAAUAUUAGAAGAAUAAGUGAAGUUUCUAAAUUAUUUGCAGAUUCAUGCACGAUUGCAAUUACAUCCUUUAUAUCACCAUAUAGAGCCGACAGAGAUAGAGCUCGUAAAUUACAUAAAGAAGCUGGAUUGAGAUUCAUUGAAGUAUUUGUCGAUGUUCCAAUUGAUGUCGCCGAGAAAAGAGACCCAAAGGGCUUAUAUAAAAAAGCAAGAGAAGGUGUCAUUAAAGAGUUUACGGGUAUUUCAGCACCAUACGAGGAACCAUUAACACCUGAAAUUCAUAUAAACACUGCAACCAAUUCUAUUGAAGAAUGUGUUUUUAGGAUCUUUAAUUAUUUGGUCGCUGAAAAAAUUAUUUCAGAAUCUUAA